AUUUUCACCGACAGAACUCUCUCUCUCUCUCUCUCUCUUGUGAGGCUGUGAUUGCAGGGAGCUGCAAUGCACGAUUCAUAUGAUCCAGAAUCAAUGAAGUGCACCAUCUCUACCCCACCACUCUCUACUAGACAUUAUUCUUCACUCCAUUUCUCUAAUCAAAGACAUCAAUCUUGUUCACUCUCCAUGAAUGGUUGCCAAGCUGACCCUAGACCUGCUCCUCCCAUUGGAACCAUUGAAACCCGCACCUUUCCCGCCGUCUUGACACCUGCAUUGGCCAUGGACCGCCUUAACUCUGCCAUCUCCGACAUGAAAUCCGAGCCGCCUCCUUUCCACUCCGGUAUCAUCCGCCUAGAGGUGCCGAUUGAGGAACAAAUUGGAGCAAUUGAUUGGCUGCAUGCGCAGAAGGAGGUUCUGCUUCCUCGGUGCUUUUUCUCAGGUAGAAAUCCAAGAAACUUGUACAACAUUGAUUACAAUACCAAUGGGAUUGGGAAUGGGACUGGGAAUGGAAAUGGUUCAGCUGGUCAUCAAUUGGUCAGCGUGGCUGGUGUCGGCUCCGCCGUCUGCUUUCGCCAUUCCCGUCCAUUUUCCUUUGAUGAUUGGCGCUCCAUUAAGAGGUUCCUCUCUAAGAAAUGCCCUUUGAUUCGAGCUUAUGGGGCUAUCCGCUUUGAUGCAAGGGCUGACAUAUCACCUGAAUGGAAGUCUUUUGGUUCGUUCUACUUUGUUGUUCCUCAGGUUGAGCUUGAUGAGCUUGAAGGUACGCUACUAUGUGUAUGUACCCUGAAUUUUGUAACAAUACUUUCGUGUACAUAUGGAAAAGCAAUAACUGCACUUCAAUCCACUCUGCAACAGGUUUCCUCUAUUGUUACAAGAUUACAAAAAGAAGUUCCUAAUACGUUCAUACUCGGCAACGAGUACAUGCCCAAUAAGACAUCUUGGGAUCUUGCUGUUAAGAAUGCUCUGCAGAUGAUAAAUGGAAACAACUCACCGCUCAUUAAGGUUGUUCUUGCACGCAGCAGCAGAUUUGUGACUGCUACUGAUAUUGAUCCCCUAACAUGGUUGGCUUGUUUACAGGCUGAAGGUGAAAAUUCUUAUCAAUUCUGUCUUCAGCCUCCUGAUGCACCAGCAUUUAUUGGAAACACUCCAGAGCAACUAUUUCACCGAAACUGGCAUGACAUUUCUAGCGAGGCUUUAGCUGGAACCCGAGCUAGAGGCAGAUCUGAGGCUGUAGAUCUUCAGAUAGAGCUUGAUUUGCUUUCCAGUCCAAAGGACCACAACGAGUUUACUAUUGUACGAGAAUGCAUAAAAAGAAAGCUAGAGGCUGUAUGUAUCAGGGUAUCAGUUGAACCAAAGAAGGCAAUUCGAAAGCUCCCUAGAGUCCAACAUCUCUAUGCCCGAUUGACGGGGAGGUUGAGAAGUGAAGAUGAUGAGUAUGAGGUAUUGUCUUCCCUUCAUCCAACUCCAGCAGUUUGUGGGUUUCCUACAGAAGAGGCACGCGUUCUAAUUGCAGAAACUGAAAUGUUUGACCGAGGAAUGUAUGCUGGCCCGGUUGGUUGGUUUGGAGGAGGAGAAAGUGAGUUUGCUGUUGGAAUAAGGUCAGCCUUGGUGGGAAGGGGACUUGGUGCAUUAACUUAUGCUGGAACUGGUAUAGUUGAAGGAAGUAAUUCAUCUUUAGAAUGGGAGGAACUGGAGCUGAAGACAUCUCAGUUUACCAAGUUGAUGAAACUUUGAGGUGCCUCUUUUGAUACCAAGAAGGGGUGACGUCACAAUUAUUAAUUGAAGAGAUGUAUAAAGGUGAAGUGAUAUUCAUUGAAGAGGCUAAUAUCACAACCUGUUGGAUUAAAUGUGUCAUCUUCAACUUCAGCAUUGAGUUAUAGAUCUUGAUUUGUUUUUUGAUGGCGCAAACCGCCAAGUGUUUCCCUCUUUGGCUGGUUUUACCAUCUUUGCUCUCAUAAUUGGUUUGUUCAGAUUCUUUUCAUUUGGUUCACUAUUUUAUUUGUAAUAUGUCAUGUAUGAGACUCAAAACAUGAGAUAUUUGAUGAUCAGAUUGAAAACUUAUUAGGGAGAAUAGGUACAAUAUAUGUUUGAGUUAACUUUGUAUUGCAGGUGUAAAACCAAGUUGUGUGUAGAAUUAUUUUAUUGGAUAAAUUAGUAAUUAAAUUAUUUUAUAUGGGUCA